UGCUGCUUUGCACACGAUGGUUCUUUGCUGUUUUACACUUGUUCUGUGAAGAGAAAGGAGGCGAGGCGGAGAUUGUUAGUACUUUUAAGUAUUAACAAUUUAAUUAAGUUUUUAUUUAAUUUCGUUAUUUUUUUUUAAGUUUUUACGUGAAAGACUUUGAGGAGUGAUUGUUUAUCAGCAACCAAAAAAUGGGGUCCGAGAUGAAAAGUACAUGCUACAAAUGCAAUCGCGUAGGACACUUUGCCAGAGAAUGCACCCAAGGAGGCGGAGGUAUGGGAGGUGGCCGGGACCGCGAUGGCGGUCACAGGGACUCGGGCCGCGUGCGUGAGAAAUGCUACAAGUGUAAUAGAUUUGGCCACUUUGCCAGAGACUGCAAGGAGGAGGCUGACCGAUGCUACAGAUGCAAUGGCACUGGACACAUUGCUCGCGCUUGUCUGCAAAGCCCAGAUGAGCCAUCCUGUUACAACUGUAACAAGCCAGGACACAUUGCGAGGAAUUGUCCUGAGAGCGGUGGUUAUGACUCCCAGAGUAGGUCCAACCAAGCGUGUUACAACUGCAGCAAAACUGGUCAUAUAUCCCGUAACUGCCCAGAAAAUGCUAAGACUUGCUAUGUCUGUGGAAAGCCUGGUCACAUAAGCCGUGACUGUGAUCAAAAUGACCACAACUAGGUCAAUAUUAUCUAGGGUGUCGGGAUAUUUAUCAACCUUAUUAAUGGCAUCCGAUAUCAUAAAGAUAAUUUAUGAGUUAACAAUUAUCUUAAUAUUAUUUUAAGGGCCACACACUGAUCUAUAUACAGGAUCUCCAAUCUCUUAAUUUUAAGGCUCUGCAAAUUUCCAAUCAAAUGCCUAAUCUAAUACAAAUUCUAAGCCUGUAAAUGAAGUUUAUGAUGUAAACGUUGGCCGCGUUAAAGAUAUAUAGACUGUUUCUUAUAAAUGAAUAAAAGUUGAUGUUUGUGAAUGAAGUUUGGUUAUGCUGUGCAUCACAUUGAGCAACGACAAAUUUUUAUUUAAUGAACAGUAUUUUAUUCAUGUAUGAAUUGAACAGUUAACCAUUUUGUUACUACGAAAUAAACAUUGUAAUUUACAUUUGUGUUUCAAUUUCAUGUUUGUAUACCAUUAGUAUUUUCUGCACCAUAGAAU